AUGGUUCCGCUUGUGAACAGGCUGCUGUACAGAAGCAAGCAGCGGGGCUUCCUUGAGAUGGAUCUACUGGUGGGCCUGUGGGCAGAGAGGAACCUGCCCAGCAUGGAUGACUCACAGCUGGCAGCCAUGGAGACCGUUCUUGACCAGGAGAACCCUGACCUCUUCAAGUGGCUCACUGGGCAGGAGGAGGCUCCCCAAGCCAUGCAGGCCAACCCAGCAUUUGUGGACAUGAAACAUAACGUAGAGGAGCGCCUAGCGGCUCACAGGGACAACGCUGCAAUGUCACAGCCGGGCAAGGACUGGGUGCGCGGCUGGGACGACUGGAACAGUUCUCCGGGGCCCAAUGCAAUGGCCGCCCCCGAGCGCAAGGAGUGAGUGUCUGACUGCGCUGGCAGCAGCGCGGAUAUUGCAAAUAGUUAAUCAGCGCUGCACAGAUGACUCUUCACUGCCUGACAGGACGUCCAAUAAGACAAUAUCGUGCCAAAAAUGGCGUAAGCAGCUGAUUUCAGUUGCGCUUAGGUAUACUAUAGUGGUCUUAGAACGACCAUUAAAUUAUUUAUUACCAUCAGAAAUUGGUGUUUGUAGGUUUAGGUCUUCUGUGUUCUUGCCUGGAGGAAUAUUGUAUGUCAUGACCAGGUUCAUCAGAUUUGAUGAAUGUCCAAUGAACAUGCGGAUGCGGCUCAUGUGCAGAGCACACAAUAUUGACGGGCAUUGAGAAAGAUCCUUUCAUUGCAAUUUUUCUUUGACUUUGGUUGGGAAGGUUUGCUAUGGUGGUGGCACCCAUAUCUUGUGAAGCUCCUCUGUGAACGUCUCAGGGCUUUCGGGCAUGUACAAGUAUGAUGCAUUUAUGUAACAAUUCAUAAAGAUGC